AUGCAUUGAACAAUCCACCACCACCACAAAUGAAGACGGAGACACUCUGGGCCUAGAAAGUCAGAAAAACCUCAAAAUAUCUUUUUGUCACAUCUUCUCUACUUUUCCCAAGCGCCAAAAGCCAUGGAAACCUGGUUCCUCAUCGUUCUCACGAUCUCUAUUUCUCUCCUUCUCAAGGCCUUCCUCAACCUCUUCUACCCUUCCAAAAAGCUUCCCCACACUCUCCCUCCAGGCCCUCCCACUUUCCCUAUCAUCGGCAACAUCUUAUGGCUCCGCAAAUCUUUCUUCCAAAUCGAACCAAUCCUCCGCCACCUCGGUACAAAGCUUGGCCCCAUGGUCACCAUCCACAUAGGUCCUCGUCCCGCCAUCUUUGUCUUCGAUCGUUCCCUUGCUCACCAGGCUUUGGUACAGAGCGGUUCACUAUUUUCAGACCGCCCCAAAGCUCUUCCUAUUAAUAAGAUUAUGAGUAGCAACCAACAUAGCAUCAGCUCCGCCUUCUACGGCCCUACCUGGCGGCUUUUGCGGCGGAAUCUGACGUCAGAAAUCCUCCAUCCUUCACGUAUAAAGUCGUAUUCUCUUGCACGUAAAUGGGUUUUGGAAAUCCUUUUUGAUGGUUUACAGUCAAAGGCUGAAACUGGUGAAGCAGUUCAGGUUUUGGCUCAAUUUAAAUAUGCUAUGUUUUGUUUAUUGGUUUUGAUGUGUUUUGGUGACAAGCUUAGUCAAGAUCAAAUCAAAGAGAUUGAGGCGGUUCUGCAAAGGGUGCUGUUAGGUUUUGGAAGAUUCAAUAUACUUAACUUUUGGCCUAGAGUGACCAAGGUUUUGCUUCGUAAGAGGUGGGAGCAGUUUUAUCAGCUGCGUAAAGAUCAAGAAGAUUUGCUGAUUCCUCUGAUAAGAGCAAGAAAGAAAGCUAAAGAGGAGAACUUGACUAAGAAGGCAAGUGAUGAUUAUGUUUUAGCAUAUGUUGAUACUUUGUUGGAUUUGGAGUUACCGGAGGAGAAAAGGAAGCUUGAGGAAGGAGAAAUUGUCAGUUUGGCCUCUGAGUUUCUUAAUGGUGGCACUGACACGACCUCCACUGCUUUGCAGUGGAUCAUGGCAAAUUUGGUGAAGUACCCUCAUGUUCAAGAUAAAUUAUUGCUUGAAAUCAAAGGGGUUGUAGGAGAUGGGGCGGAAGAAAUCAAAGAAGAUGAUUUGCAAAAGAUGCCUUAUUUGAAAGCAGUGGUUUUAGAAGGGCUAAGAAGGCACCCACCAGGGCACUUUGUGUUGCCUCAUUGUGCGACAGAAGACACAGUCCUGGGAGGAUUUUUGGUCCCAAAGAAUGGAACUGUCAAUUUCAUGGUGGCCGAUAUGGGGUGGGAUCCAAAGGUGUGGGAGGAUCCAAUGGCAUUUAAGCCUGAGAGGUUCUUGAGAAGUGAUGAUGGUAGUGGGGAAGUGUUUGAUAUAACAGGGAGUAGGGAGAUUAAGAUGAUGCCUUUUGGUGUUGGGAGAAGAAUUUGUCCUGGAAUUGGCUUAGCCAUGCUUCAUUUGGAGUAUUUUGUGGCAAAUUUGAUUUGGAAAUUCGAAUGGAAGGCCAUGGAUGGAGAUGAGAUUAGCCUGGAGGAGAAGCAGGAGUUCACAAUAGUGAUGAAGACUCCAUUGCGGGCCCACAUUUCACCAAGGGAGAGAUAAGGUCUUGAUUUUCUAUCAAGAAAUUAAAUACUAUGUUUAGGUAUGGGGUCGGAUGUCACUUUAACUUUUAAUUAAUGUGCUGUCCUCGCUUGUAUGCUCUAUAUGACUUUGUAAAACUUUCUGUUUUUUGGAUAGAUACUAUAUGACUUUAUGAAUUUGUCUAAUCAGAAAUAAUUGUGAAUGGGGCAACCUUGACAGUUACUUCUCACUGAAUAAUAGGCAACAAACUUGAUUAUUGUCACACAA